CUGUUGCUAAAUAGAAACACGCACAGUGUCACGGAGAGACCACACCAAGUGAGCCCUGCAUCGCCAUGGAUAGACAUCUGCUGUGUGUCUGUUUGCUUGUCUUCGUCAUUUUCGAAGAGGGGUCUGCCUUAAAGAUUCGGAACAAGCUGCUGGGUAAAUGUCUACAGGUCCACGAGGGAGCUUUUGGAGGGAGGGUGUCACUGGAGGAAUGCAGCCCACAAUCACUUUUGCAAGAAUGGCGCUGGCUCCCGGAGAGCCAGGCUCUCAGCAGCCACCACACUGGGGAGUGUCUGACUGCACCGAGAGAGGAGUACGAAGGUGUCCGCUUGCAGCCAUGCAUCUUCAGAGCUGGAAGUGACAAGGCUGGUGAUGGAGGGGCAGAGGUGGAAACGGGCAGAGAGGCAAGCAGCCAGACGUGGGCCUGCUCCAAGAAAGGCCACCUCACUUUGAUGGGGAGGGGGCUGCACCUCAGUGCUACACAAGAAUCCACUUUGGUCUUCCUUUCGAGGGAACAUAAACAGGGCAGCAGGUGGCGGACACUUGACAACCAGACAUUGUGCAGUGGUAGAGACAGCAAACAUAACCCAAACCAACAUCACCACCAUGUGGGGGAAUCUUUGGAACCUGGGAUUUUUCCAAGUGAUGUCUCUGAUAUACACAGACAGGCUGAAACAUUUGAAGGUAUAAUGGCCACUAAUGUCACAGAGCCAUAUUCUGUAAUAGAUGCCACUCAUUCAUCCCCUGCAGAUCCCACCAUGAUUUUUUUCAGUAUGGACUAUGGGAUGGGCUGGAAGAUAACCAUGCUGGUACUAAGCUCUCUGGCUCUGGUCUUGGGGACUGUGAUUCUUAUCCUCAAUGUUUACUCUAAUAGAAGGAAGAAGGUGGUAUGUGUUUUGAAGUCGUACACUCCAAGACCAGAGAUGAGUGUUCCCGGGUCACCAGUGCCCAGUGAAAAGGCCCCACUGACCGAGCAUGCCAUGCGUCUCCCACACUCCUCCCCAGCUUUACAACGAGGAGAAAUCUUGAUUGAGUGGAAGGAUGGCACUGUUACACCACUGUAUGAAGCCUGAAGGUUGUACUGCUAAAUGAGAAUAGAUGUAAAUGUGGUAACAGUGUAAAGAUACACUGUUUUUUUUGUGCAAGAGAAUGUGUGUUACCUUCUGAAUGUGUCUGAAGCGGAGUUUAUUUUGAAGAGAAAAUGAGAAAAACAAGUCAAAGUAAGGUUUUCUACUGUUUGAAAAUUUCAAUAAUUGAUCGUGCUCCCUCUAUUUUUUUUAAAUGUAAAAGUUAAUGGAUCAUUGUCAGACUGUUUCUUCUCAGAGGAAGAUGAGUGAAUGUAAAGCUGACGAGUGGAAAAGUGUUGAGCAUAAACGAGGCUGUAGGUUUUCAAAAUGCUAAAUCUGGACCUCUGGUGUUGAACAUUCUGGGGAAUGCUUGCUGGAUGGAAGGACUGUAAAAUGAAUGUUCAAGCAUCCAGCCAUUGUUUGUAGACUUGCUAUAGGUACCAUUUAAGGGCUCAACAAGGCAACCAUGGCUUAUGCCUGUAGUUGGACAAAUACUUCUGAUCUGAUGAUGUAGGCCCAGUUUGAUGAUGAAAGCUGUUAUGUUCUGUCACCAGUUCAGAAGGCUCUUUAUGUAUUUGCUCAAUUGUAAAAAUUGAAAAGGUCUAAAGUCAAUUUUCAGUUAACCCUCUUCUCCUAACAGCAUCUCACAACACAACACGGCUCCUGAGCCUCACACUGUACAAUAUUAGGAUUUAUAGGCUUCUUCAGGAAAAUGUAACUACUGUUGCAUUGCAGCGUUUUUGUUGUUGCAAGAAACACAACUGGUGGCAGAUGAUUGAUUAAAGUUGGUCUCAUACAACAGAUCGAUUUCAGUAUUAUUUAGUUUGUGCUCCAUGUCAUAAUAUAGAGUCAUUAGGAUGUUUCAGAUGAAAAUCUUAACUUAGUUUACAUACAAAGUAAUUGUUGUCUGAAUUUGGUUAGUUUCUAAUUGUUGAUUUUUCUAUUCACUUACUUUAAGAUUAACUAAGAUUACAUAAACUUUGAUUAAUUUGAACUGUUAAUAGUGUUGUUAUGCUACUUUGGAAACAUCCGUUAACAAAGCAAAAAAAUAAAUUCUGACCUCCUUUGAUUUUACACAAUCUUCAUCAGUAAUUGAAAUCUGAUCAUUUCCCAUGAACUUUAAUUUGUUUUAAGCACUUGAUUGUCUUCUCAUUCUUAAAAUUUACUGUGAAAAAAAUAUAAUAUUGAGAUUAAGAUCCUAAACCAGCUUAGAUACUGUUUUGUCAACUAUCACUGACGUCUUACAUUGAUAUACUUGUGGUGUUAGUAUUUUGACCUAAAAUAUUUUUGUACCUGUGAACUUGCUAAUAAAAUGACAUGUAUACUUGA